CACCACAUCCUCACGCCCUCGGGCCGCGAGUUCAGCGUCGGCGGAAGGGUGCAGAACGUGUCGACCGAUCCGCUGGCACCGUGCGUCAUGUAUUGGCCGGACAACGAGCCUCUUCCCGAACAGGGUCAGCUGCGCCCCAGCGGCCUAUUGGGUGUUCCGGUAUCACCCCCCGAUCCUCAAUACCGGCAA